AUGUGGUCUUAUGUUAGUGUUCUUCUUGCUCUUAUUCCUUAUUCCGAAUCCUUCAAGGUUCUGCAAAUCGUCCCUGGAUUUACGAACAGUCAUGUUCUUUUCAAUUACCGGCUAGCCAAUUCUUUGGUACAGCAGAACAACUCAGUCCAAUUAUGGACCCAGAUGGAGAUGGGAAUGGUUGUUGCCGGAGGGCUUAAAUUGCCAAAAGGAGUCACGGAACUCAGAAUACCCAUUCGUUUUACAAAUUCUUUGAAGGCCGAAGGAAUGAAGGUGACUUGAUUAUCUUCUCUAACACUUUUCAGGUGUUCCAAGCUAUGAUGUUCGAGUCUGGAACGACUUAUGAUCUCUUCUGGACGGGGCAAGAAUUUAAGGAGAUGAGGUUGGAAUCAUGCGAGCAGAUGCUGGCUACUGAUCCUAAAGCUGUCAACUCUUUCGUGAAUCAAAAGUUUGAUCUUGCCAUAGGGCAUUUUCAUGACUUAUGCCCUUUGGCCUUGGCCAAACUCGCAAAUAUUAAAGAAGUAGGCUAUUAAAGACUUCGUUACGAGAGUAUACCUACCCUAUGGAAAAUUGUAUAUCUAAGUUUUGGUAAGAGCUAUCAAAAAACGGUUAAUGCCAUCCGAAAGAGCAUGGCGAAAACCUAAUACCGCAUGAAAUCAGCCGAUGAAAAAAUCUUGGUCGACUUGGCAACUGUUUCAAUACUUUAGACCGUUUCAAAAAUACCUACCCCUGACGAUUUUUGGCCAAUUUGGCUCGGAUUUUGAACUAACCUUCCUCCACUUCAUUGCAUCGUGUUCCUAUGGUACUAGAAAGUAACUACAUUCGUUUCCAUUACAUGUUAUCCCCGUAGUGCCUUUGCGAGCCAUCUCUGACCUUGUACAUGGGAUUAAUGUUCAUUUUAAAAAAUUUCUUGACUUAGCUGCUUUCUUGGCGGGAAAACUACGCUAGCUGUUACAUCAUACAUACUUAGUUCACAAUAAGUAAAUCAAAUAGCGUGUGCAAAGUUUUUUUCGAUUAUUUUCUCGUGGUAUCAUCUACAACAAGCAGCUACCGUAGCAAUUUAGGCUCCAGAAUACCAAGAAAAAUAAACGAGAAUCACAAAAUUUGAUAUGCCGACUUAGACUCAGCACGUCGGAGAACAUAUAAGGCGCGUGCGUUAUACAUCUUUUCGGACCUCCUCGCAGAAAACCCGCAUUUCUUGUCUGGCCCUCUAGGCAAGAAAUGCGCAAUGUAACGCAAUUUGAGACAAGAAUUGCGCAUUUCUUGCAUAGCUCUUACCAAAUCUUUGACACUGCAAUUUUCCAUGGGGUAGGUGUAAUUUCGUAACGGAGUGUAGCAGAAAGUGUUAAGUACCCCUUGCGUUCUUUACAUGCCGGCCGAUUACGGUCGAUUAUGCGCAGAUGCCAUUAUGGACAAAUUUCUGGAAGCCUAGCAUUUAUCGUCAAGUAUCCUCAACACUCUGGUCUCUCUGUAAACAUUUGUAUUUUAUGUUUUCUUUACUUUUUUCUUAAGGAGUACUGUUAAAAAGUAAGGUUUGCUGAAAAUAUAACACAAUUUUCAUAAUCAGCACCCUCGAAAACCAUCAAGUAUUUUUUAGCAAAAAUUAAAAAAAUUGAAUAACAGUAACAAGUGAGAAAAAAGUAAAAAUCAGAAAAAUGAACAUGAUUUUUGAAAUCAGCACCAUCGACAACACUCGAACCGAGUAUUUUCAGAGAAAUUUAAGAAAUUACUUUUUAACAGUACUAGAAAAAAGUAAAGAUAUACAUAUCAAAUACACAUUUAAUUUUGAGGUACAAAGGUGUUGACGAUUUUGACAAAGGUUUUAGAAAUCUGCCCAUAUUGGCAUCUGUCUUUAAUUUUUUAUGACAUCUGCCCAUAAUAGUUUCUUCCCAUGAUGAACGGACAUGUGUCGGACUACUGAAUCCUUUAAGUAUCGUGCCGGUACCCUAGAUAAAAGGAAGAAAUCUGAAAGAAAUAUGCAUAUCAGAUCUCUUCUUUUUAUGUGGGUUACCGGCAUGACAAGAGAAUUCAGUCGACCAAUAUGCAAAGAACGCAGGGAGUACUCAUAAUUGUGAAAUGGCGUGACGAAUUCAGGUAAUUUGGCUAACUCACGGAACCUCCUUGUAUGAUUACACCGCAGUUCAGUCAGGCUUGCGUACUUUCCCGUCUUUUGUGCCCCAUCCAUUGUCAUCUUAUAGUGAUCGGAUGACAUUUACUCAACGUCUGAUCAACGUUUUAUGGCAUUUAGGAGGUCUCGAUUUUGUGAAUCUUCCUCAAAACCUUUUAUACGAUGAGAACGACAUGUUCAAGAAGUGUAAGUUGCGUUUUACGGUUUUGCAAAGCUUUUUCAGAUUUCAAAGAAUCCGGAUCCGAUGAUUUGUGGGAGUUGAGCCAGAAAGUGCGUGUGAUUCUGAUCAAUGGGGAGAGAUUCCUUGACUUCCCUCGACCUCUUCCUCAUGGUAUCCAAUUCAUGGGAUCAGUUAGUAGACCUUCACAAAGAGCGGAGUUACCUCCGGAAGUGGAGAGGAUUGUCUCCUCGUCCAAGAAGAUCGUCAUCUUUUCUUUGGGCACAGUGUCCAACACAACCAACAUGCCUUUUCGGAUGAUAAACUCAUUUGUAGAAGCCUUCGGACGCUUCCCUGAGGUAACCUUCUUGUGGAGAAUGGAAAUGGACAUCCCACAAGCAAAUAAGUACAGCAACAUUAAGCUUUUAAAAUGGCUUCCUCAAAAGGAGUUGAUGCGUAAGUAAAAAUGCAUAUUGUCAGGUUAUUUUUAUAUUUUUAAUAAUGUUUACUUUAGUCCAUCCAAAAACGGCAUUAUUGAUUGCCCAUGGAGGUUACAAUAGCUUCUUGGAGGCAUCUCAAGCAGGCGUCCCAAUUGUCCUAAUGCCCUUAUUUGCGGAUCAAUUUAUUAAUGCAAAAAGAGCUCAGAGAUUUGGUAUAUCCACAAUGUUGGAUAAACUUACUUUGACACCAGACAAGGUGGCCACAGCCAUUUCUACAAUCCUCAACGAUCGAACAUUCAACAGGAGAGCUCAGAAGUUGGCAGCGAUGCUCAAGGAAAAGCCUUCUAACGAUUUUGGAUACACUUUGGUAAAUGCCCUCAGGUCUUCCCAAUUCACACGAGAUCAUUUUGCAUUAAAAGCGGCACAGGCCUUGAACUUCUUACAGUUCUACAACUUAGAUUUAUCUUUAUUGUUAUUGCUACCGGUUUUAUUUGUAUCAUAUUAA